AGUCCUGUUAAAUCAAAAAACUCUGUAGUAAUUAUGAGUCUUUCUGACUCAAAUAUGUAAGACUGGUAUUUGGGGUUGAUCUAGAAUAUUUCCACCAAGUUUCAAAGUUCUCAGUCGUUUCCACACCUAGCCACUGAAUCAGUUUGUAAGUUUAUAAUCAAUUAACAGCCAUCUAUCGUAUAGCCAUAUUGUUAUCCAUACUGAUCCGUGCUUUACCAAGUACAUCGUUUUAUUCAAUUUCCUUAUCAUUACUAUUCCGUUUCAAUGGCUUUUCUACGUGUCAGAUUCAAUUAUUCCCGUAUGUGCUGUGCUGCGCCAUCGGCAUUUUGCUUUCACGAUGUUCAAUGUAAGGUAAUUUUGGUAUCUAUACUGGCGGUUUGCCAAAACAUACCUAAUAUGUCACGAACUAUGGUCACAUGAAGUGGGAGAUCGAAGACAGAAAUUAAUUUUUUUAAGCACCCUAUUGUCCAUCCCCUAUUUUGCUUCUAGCUAAUACCAGUUAGUAGAAACCUGUUCAUUUCUCGAAUAUGCUAUGUUCGAUUGAUAAAAUAAUUGACAAGGUUUUCUACUCGAUUUUCUAUGUCAGUUAAUGGUUUGAAAGUUUAAAAUGCUAUGAAUUCUAAUCAUUGUUGAAUCUGAGGAAGCACGCGUUUUAUCCAUAUUACACAAAUAAAUUCUUUAUCAUGCUUACGCAGCCUUGAUUAUCAGCAAGACGCCUCCCGAAUCACACAACUCGCAAUAAUGUAAGUAUGAAAGAUCACCGAGGAUCGGAGUUCACAUGCUUGUAUAAGAAUUACGUAACACGUUGUACUACGGUUAAAUAAAGACAGCCAAAUCGCUUGGGAAUCAUUUAUCGACAAAUCGCGAAACUGGAAACACGAUGAUGGUUAUACAAUCGUAUUGUGGCGUAAGAUUCUACGUCUUGAUACUAUUUCUACUAAGCAGUUAUGUUAGUAUUUGCGGCAGUGCCCCGGCUGGAAAUGCGGAUAUAUUUGAAAAUUCGACUCGCCCAGAAAUCCACGUACUUCAAGGAAAUAUCCAAGGUGUAAAUCUGGUCACGCGCCGCAACAGGAUAUUCUUCGGUUUUAAAGGAAUCCCAUUCGCCCAACCGCCGAUUGGAAAUCUCAGAUUCAAGGGACCCGUACCAGCAGGAGCGUGGAAUGGUACUUUAGAUGGUAGCAUCGAUUCCCCCCCAUGUCCUCAGCUGGAGGGUACAGUGUUCAUCGGAAAUGAGGACUGUCUAUAUCUCAACGUGUAUACACCACGGCUUCCUACCGGUGACAACUUUACCUUACUACCAGUAAUGCUCUUUGCCUAUGGCGGUGGACACAAAACAGGAACGAAUAAUCCCAAACGAUGGGGACCUCAAUUCAUCCUUGAUAAAGAUGUCGUUCUGUUAGUUCCUAAUUAUCGUAUGGGUCCUUUAGGAUAUCUCAGUACGGGAGAUGAAGUAUCACCUGGUAAUUACGGUCUCAAGGACCUAGUUCGAGCUUUGGAAUGGACUCGAGACAACGUUCGUUAUUUUGGCGGUGAUCCCAAUCAAGUCACUGUUCACGGAGGAAGUUCAGGGGCCGCGUGCGUUCAUCUCUUGACGAUGUCGAAUUCAACGAAUGGACUUUUUCAUCGAUAUAUCCUGCAAAGUGGAAACGCGCUCGGGUUGUUAUUUCCACAUACGAAAACGCAGAGCGCAAAAUAUGCUGCUAAGCUUGGAGAACAUCUUGGUUGCCCGACUAAUACCUCUAUUGCCCUUGUUAACUGUCUGAGAACUUUUAACGCGUCCCAACUUGUCGAUACGACGUCUGUGUUCACCGAGUGGUUCGUAUUUCCGUAUGUUAUAUGGGGUCCAAGUAUCGAACCGGAAACAGAAGAAGCAUUCAUAACGGAUACUCCGAGGAACUUGUAUGCUCGCGGAAUGGUCCGUGAUCUGCCGUCGAUAAACCUGGUUGUUCGCGAUGAAGGAAUUGUCUUUAGUGCCUUAUUUCUCAACCGACAAGACUUGAUCAAUGAGUUUUUGGACAAGUUGCAUAUUGUUCUACCUUACGUCUUACAAUAUGAGAAUGAUAUUGACAAUAUGACUGUUUUCGCUGAUGCCGUUAAGUCAUACUACUUUAACAAUUUGACCGUCGAUCAAAACAUAAUAUUCAAUAAUUUUUCGCUAUUCCUGAGUGAUCUUACCGUCACAUAUUUUUCGCACAAAACUAUCCAGGAAAAAGCUCUUCAUACUAAAAGCCCCCAGUAUUUUUGCUCAUUCAACUACCGGGGUACAGUCAGUUACAGCUAUUUCUUCAGUGGAGGGGAUACUUCGAACAUGGGUGUAGCACACGGUGAUGAGCUUCUCUAUCUUCUUCCGGGACCGAAGUCUCAGUUUGGACCUCCAGGCUACGAAUUUAGCGAGGCCGAUUGGAAAAUGGUGGACACGAUGGUCCAGCUGUGGACAUCCUUUGCAGCUACCGGAACACCGACAACUUUGGAUGGCAGUACAACUUGGAUGCCAUAUUCACGUUCCCUCGAUAAUUACCUCCAAAUAGGAGAUGGUUCUGAGACAACUCUUCAAAUGAAGCAUGGUUAUUCUGUUGACCGAUUUCGAUUUUUGGACGAACUUUUAGCCGCUGUAAAUUUGCACUAGCUACGGGACUUCGUAUUUCACGAUUACAAUUCGCUUUUGAAGGGAUUUGAUGCUGUAAAGAUACAAGUAUUGCAAAUACACAUGUAUGAAUAAAGCAUUUCAAGUGUAAGAUAUUCGUGUAUCACGGACAUAUGAGAAAACAUGUAAGUGUCAAUUGGAACAAUAAUAAUAGCCCCAAAAAAUCCAACUUACUUCAAGAACCUACGUUCACGAAAUUCGGAAUUUAAUAGAACCAGCAGGGACGUAUUUCAGAGAAAUGAAUUAAACGACCAAGAACCAAGUUCUGGUGUAUUUGACAAACAUAGAAUUAUUUUAUUUCAUAGUCAGUCAUACUUAGCGUGACAAAAAAUUAUGUGUUUUUAAGGGCUAGAAACCAUAUGAAAUACGAAAUCGUACUGGUCGCGAAGUAUUAAAUACACGCAAAUAAGUAACUCGAA